AUGGCCGCAAAGUCUCCUGUCGUCCUUAUCCUUGGAUCCGGCCCAAAUAUUGGGCAAUCUGUCGCUCGUAAGUUUGCUUCUGAGGGCUUUAGAGUCGCCAUUGCUUCUCGCUCUCAGAAGGAGGUAGAAAGCACGGACAAGCAGCUUAACAUCAAGACUGAUCUGACCAAACCGCUCGAGGUUACCGAUGCCUUCGGUAAGGUAAAGACGACUUUCGGGACCCCGAGCGUUGUUAUUUACAACGCCAGCGCCGCAGCCUUUCCUCCGGCGGAGGACCCCCUGUCUGUUUCUUACACCGACUUCAGCAACAACACUGCCAUCAACAUCCACAGCGCCUUCAUCGCAGCCCAACAGGCAGUCGCUGGUUUCGCCCAGCUUCCCGAAUCAGCUUCACGCACUUUCAUCUACACCGGUAACAUCCUCAACGUCACCAUUCUUCCCAAGUUCCUCGAUGCAGGCGUUGGAAAGUCUGGCGCCGCUCAUAUGAUGUGGGAUGCUGCAGAUGCAUACAAGAACAAAGGCUACAAGUUCUACUACGCUGAUGAGCGCAAGCCUGAUGGAGCGCCUAAGUACCGUGUUGAUGGGGAUGCUCACGCUGAUCUGUACUGGGCGCUAUCCCAGAGUAAGGAGCAGGGACCCUGGAUGCAGACCUUUGUCAAGGGAGAGGGAUACAAGAAGUUCGAGACGCUCUACACUCCCAUUGCCUAG